CUAGAGUUCUGUGAGGAUUACCAAAGGAGGGGGUCAUGCUGUGCCUUGGCCAAACGCCUGGUGGAACAGUUCUGUCUUGCAGGCCCUGUGGAAAGAUGUCAAGUCCCGCAGGGCCCUAGUCUCUUGUGACAGAGCGUUCCACCAGAUCGGAGCCACUGAUGGGAGUUGGAUCGGAUUUACCACUGAAUCAGAACAAACAAGAAUGGUGGGGUAACCUAAAAACCUCUUGGACCCAUGCUUUCUAGGCACAGCACAAGAGGAAGUGUGGGCGAGCCCUAAAAUGACUAAAAAUACAUUAGUCGAGAAGGAUAGGUUUAUUAACAACCAUUAGCCAUAAAAAGCCACCAUUAGUAAUGCUAGCUAAAGGAAAAUCUAGUGUUCUGAAGCUAUAUAGCAGGGAUGAAGAACCUGCAGCAGCCAGCCACUUUUUGGGACUACAGCUCCCAUAAUCCCUGACCAUUGACCAUGCUGGUUGGGCCUGAUGGGAGUUGGAAUCCAACAGCGUCUGGACAGGCCACAGGUUCCGAUUAAAGCUUUGAGUGGACCAGAUGUUGGAAAUGAGGACUAUAGGAAAGUUAUCACUGUCAUAUCCUUCUGGUGUGUUUCUCAGGGUGAUUGAAUAUAUUUAUGUAAAAUGUUAGUUAUGUUUUUACAUAGGCUUUUUUCUUUAAAGUGAUGAAUCCAGCUGAGUUCAACGAAACUCCUUCCUAAACAGGCAAAAAUAAGGACUGAGGGAACCCAGUACCAGCAAUGAGCCCCAGUUCUUUUAUUGAUUUUGUAAAAUUCAAAAUAAAAAAUAAAAAUCUUUGCACAGAUUUACAAACUUGGUUGCAUGUGAACAUAGAGAAAUAAAGUAAAACAGUUGCAACAAUUAUCAUUUUUUACUUGUGGACUGACAUGAGAGAGAACGAAUGCCAGAGCAUCAUAUUAUGAUGUACAACAAAUAAUAAUAAUAAUAAUAAUAAUACGCAACCUAUCUGGUUGGGUUGCCCCAGCCACUCUGGGCGUCUCCCAACACGAAUAAAAACAUAAUAAAACGUCAGACAUUAAAAAUUUCCGGAUACAGAUCAGAUUUGGAUUGGUGAGCACGGGCAAAUAAUAAUUAUCCAUCUUUUGAGUCCCUUUUAUGCUUAUUCCUCUCACGGGUUGAGGGGGCUCCUCCCGCCACACAGAAAAAAAAGAAGGAGCCGGUGUUCCCUCUUGGCGGACUCCGAUCCUUCCUCUCCUUGUUCAGCCAAGCCGGAAGUGGGCGUUCUACCCGCCACGACUCGUUCUCCGGAAGUGGACGUGUGAGCUUCCGUUCCCGUCCUCCUUUCGCUCUCGCUCUCCCGCUCGCUCUCUCUCCCUUUUCUCUCCCUUCCCGGCUCGCCGGCCGUUGAUCGCCUGCAACAAGGAAGCCAAGAUGGCGGCGGCGGGAGGAGGCGAGUGCGACGUGAUCAUGACGCCCGCGGCGGCGAACCUGGUGGCGCCUUCUCACCCUGAGGGGCCGGCGAUGUUGAGCGACGAGGACGAGGACGCGGGGACGCGCAGGUAAGAGCCUCCGCCCGAGGGCCCCCUCCAGGCACACUCCCCACACGGGGGGGGGGAGACCCAUGGAGGGGGGAGGGGCGGCCUCGGUGUGCGGGUGGGGGAGGGGAGAAGGCGGCGAGGGGCGGGGCUUGCACUGCAGGUGAGGGAGGGGGAAGUAAGCGGGGGUUGGGGGGGCGCGCGCGAGAGAGGUGCAUUGUCGUCAGCUGUGCCCCCAAAGGACCGUAGGAUAAAGCCAAUUAAUUGUGUGUAUUCCCUGUAGGUGUCGCUGGCCUACAACUCACAUCAUCCCUAGAUGGCCAGGGGGGUGAUGGGAGCUGUAGUCCAUCAACCUCCUGGGGGGUGGGAAAGGUUGAGAGAGGCUGGUCUGUGUAGACCCGUGUGCUGCUUCUGAAAUGCCAGGUGCUGGGAGGGUGAGUCAUGGGAGGGGGGCUACCCCUCAAGAGUCUGCCUUGCAAGGAGAAGGUCCCCAGUUCAGUCCCCGCUGGCAACUCCAGGUUGGGCUGGGGAGAGGCUUCCUAGGCUGAAACCCCGGAGAAAUGCUGCCAGCCAGUGUAGGCAGUACUGAGCAAGAUGAGCCAGCGGUUCUGACUUGGUAUAAGGCAGCUUACUAUGUUCCUGGAAGGUUCCUCCUUUAAUUCUCCACUUAUUAGGCUUCAUAGAAGCCUCUUAACUGCACACCGUUAGGAAUAGCAUAUUGUGCAAGAGGGGUCCUUGGUCCCAUACAGUACAGUGGUACCUCGGGUUACAUACACUUCAGGUUACAGACUCCGCUAACCCAGAAAUAGUACCUCAGGUUAAGAACUUUGCUUCAGGAUGAGAACAGAAAUCGUGCUCUGGCGGUGCGGCAGCAGCAAGGAGGCCCCAUUAGCUAAUGUGGUGCUUCAGGUUCAGAACAGUUUCAGGUUAAGAACAGACCUCCAGAACGAAUUAAGUCCUUAACCCGAGGUACCACUGUGUUUGAGGUUUUAAAAUGUCUAUGUGUGAGGGUUUAACAGUAGGAUUUAGUCCCCAAAAGAGCCCAAGGCUCAGCCCAGGAGUCUUCAUCCUCUUUUGAGCCUGAUGUGUGUGCUUAAGGCAGAGUUCAAUGGGCCUUGUUCCCUAAUGCUGCAGUUCUAAGUGUAUUUAGGAUUACGUUAUUAUUUAUCAAAGUCCUUGAAGUGCUUCACAAGCCAGGGAUCCUUGGCAUAUGACCCAGUAUUGCCGUAGUGUAACUGUAUUUGUUUGGUUCAUUUUUAUUUGUUAACUUUAUUUCCCACCUUUCCACAAAAUAGUGCUCAAGGCAGCUAAUGGUGCUCAUAGUGUGUAAAAUUUUUAGAAGGUUGGGGUUAGGGAUUGUGGUGGCGUACACAUCAUAUGCUUAAAACACAUACACACCGCUGCAGCUGUAAAGAAUCCAGGGGACUGAAGGGUGGUGGGAAUUGUAGUUCUGUUAGGGGUAAACUACAGUUCCCAGGAUUCUUUGGGAGAAGUCGUGUGCUUUUGACAGUGUGAUGAGUGCUGCACAGGGUGCCCUCUUGGGUUGGGGAUGGAUCAAAGCUGUUCUUCCAGUGGGAAGUUGCCAUACAACUUCUAUAAAUGGGGAUGAAUACCAUGUUGGUGAUUCUGGUUGGUUUGUAUUAGUUCACUUAUUGCAGAGAACUAAUUGGGGUUCCAGUAUGAAAUAUUUGGUGGGACACUGCAUUUCCCCAUCUUGUUGAUAAAAGUUGUGAGUCUGGUGUUAGGUGAAAGCAAUCAAUUGUUUUACAAAAGUGACUAGAAGUCUGCUUCAAUAGAAAUGAGGGUUUAACCUUCCACUCAUUCCUCACUUAUAAGCCUGGUUGGCUUACAGCCAGGUCUGUUCUUUGGGGAGAAAAAUAAAUAUUUUAAACUUAGCUUGUGGCUAAGUCAGUGACUAGUCCAGAGGUGUAUGGUGAAAACUGAUUGCCCUUGACUCGUGGUUUGCAAAGAGUUUCAGAUAACAAUUCAGGAACUUGUGAUUUGUUCUCUGUGAGGGAAUGGCUAGAUCUCAAACUUUGCAUCAAGUCCAGGAAACUUUUGGCCCUCCAGAUGUUGCCGAGUUACAACUCUCGCCAUACCUGGCCUUUGGCUGUGUUUGUAGGGGUGAUGGGAGUUGUCAUUCAGCAACAUCUGGACGGCCAAAAGUUCCCAUGUUCAAUCCCUGGUAUCUCCCAAGUAAGCCUGAUGGGGGUAGCGUGUAUCUGAAAUGCUGGACAGCAACUGCCUUUCAGGGUAAAGUAGAUAAGAAUGAGCUACAUAGACUAGUCAUCUGAUUAAGUAUAGUAGCAACUUCCAGGGUAACUACUGGAGUGGUGACCUUGUCUGACCGAAUGAGCAGGGUGAUGUGACAGAAGGGGGGAAAAUCCUUUUCUGGCUGCCUAACUUAACUGAAUGAGAUUUUUGUGGGGAAAGGAAAUGGCACGUGUUUCUUUGGACUUUUUUCCUGCCCUACGGUCUUGGGGUGUGUCACAGUUAUUACAGUAAUGAGAGAUAGGGAACGGUUAAUUUAGCUGUCCUGCUCCCGGUUUGACUCACAGCACUUGUGAUUAACCAUUUUGCAAAAGGUAAACAAUGUGGUUUUUCCUUAAGGGAGUCUGGUAAAAUGGGUUAGACUCGAGUGAGAAAGAGUGAUGUGCCCUUGGUGAGCUCAUGGCUUAGGUGGGGUUUGAAUGUUAGCUUCCCAUGGGCAAAGCCCAGGCUGAUUCUCCAAAAGUAGCAGCAGCUACUAAACCACCCCCACCCUAGUCACAAGGAGUACCGUAUGGUCUCUUGUUGCCCACACACAGAUCCAGAGGAUAUGUCUGGAAGCAAUGGGCUGUCUUCAAAGAAGUUGUCCUCUCCCUGCACACGCACACACACACACACACACCCGCUUCAGAGAUUUGCAGGGCAUAGGGAUAGAAGAGGGUGAAGAAGUCCCAUCCGUUGUGCAGGUGGAAGUUAUUGUGCGAACAGAACAACUUUGUUAGAUGCCAGCCAAUGGCUCUGCCCUUAAACUUUCUAACAGUUCACUUUGGCAUACCAGGGCAUGAGGUCACUGUUUUGAGAAAAGAAAGGAGACAAAAACUUUCUUCCUUCCCCCCUUUAAACUACACCUGGUACUGUUGUUGUGUGAAUUUUUAAAUGGUAUAGUAGGGGGUGCUCUGUGGUUGCUUGGAAGCUUAUUAGGGGUUUCUUUAAUGAGAACAGUAUUAACUGCAGAAAACACCGAACUGUUUCCCUGUCAUUACUCGUCUCUUCCUUUAUGUGCAGAUGCAAGACAGUAUUUAACAAUACUCCUUUUUAAACAAAGCAAAACUCACCAAGUAGGCCUUGCCAGUGCCCUACAUGUGCUAACUGCUUCCCCAAAUACAUUCCCCAAUCCUGUUUCUCAGCAGGUAACUCAAAAUAGAAAGGGUUCUCUGAAACUUGAAAGCCACAGCAGUACAACAUAGCUUGGGUGAUCCUGGUUACGGCCGCAAAAGGUGACAUUAUGAAUGGCUGAGAGUCACAUUAGGUUAUUAGUACCUCUGGAAUUCCCUGCAAAUGCUCAUUGGAAAAGCCAAUAUUGUAAGCAAGUCCAAAAAGACAAGGUGGUAGGGCUUCUUUUCCACAAUUUGGUAGGAUGUUCAAUGUAUCUAGCCUAACACCCGUUCCUAAUAGUUGUGAUUUAAACAGACUGGGAUUGGGAGCAGAGGUCUCUUCUUCAUCAUCCUGAGGCAUCUAGCUAUAAACCCUGUCCGUGAUCCAUCUGAGCUCUUCUUAUUUUGAUAAACACAUUGGUUCCUGCUGUGAUCCAGGCCUUUGCUCUCUUUGUGUUGAGUCAUAGAAUUGUAGAGUUGGAAGGGACCCCGAGGCCAAGGAUCAUCUAGCCCAGCCCCCUUCAAUGCAGGAAUCUCAACUAAAGCAUCCAUGACAGAUGGCCAUCCAUCUUCUGCUAAAAACUUCCAAGGAAGGAGAGUCCUACUCCUCAUGGGAGUCUAUUCCACUAUCGAACGUCUCUUAGUUUCAGAAGUCUUUUGGUGUUAUACUUUGAGAACUAUGGGAGAAGAACAGAACCACUUUUAAUCUAGGCAGCACUGUGGGAUGCUGAAAUGUUUGUGGAAGAGUGCAGAAGAGGGAGAGAAGUAUCUUGGGGAAGCUGACUUACAGAGCAUGUUAUUGGCAUGGCAUCUUGGCAGAGAUGGCCCAAGCAAUAAAUAGUCAGUGUCAAAGUUAUAAAAAUACACGGGAGUCAAAGAGAUGACAAAUAUUGUCCAUUGACCUUACUUCCAAGUCACCCUGCAGAUGAAGUUCAUCUGUUCACUGCAGGACAUGGAACGCAAACAGCUUAGAAGUUACCCACUCAUUGUAUUUUGCCCUUGGGUGGUGGUUCCAAGAAGGUCCUUGGAGUGUAUAUCAGAACUGUAUCGAGAAUGAGACUUUUCUCUUGAGUAGUCUUUAGUCUGCAGCACGCCUUGGAGACUGGGGCAACUCCCCAAGAGACAGCACGCAAGUUGACAAGGAAGCUAGAAAUGUGUUCAUCACCAUUCAUGUGGAAAUUUCCAGGUGUAACUUGGGACUCUGGAAAAACCUGGAUGAUUAUUUUUGUUUGCUUGUUUGUUUACAGUUCCUGGCUUCUAAAAUAGAUAGAUACAUAUUUUUGGACAUUCCCAAUGUAAUUCUAAAACUCGCCAUGGAAUUUGCUUUACCUGCAUUCAGAGGUAAAAUUACUCUUGCCUUAGUAUUGCUGCAGUGGGAUAAUUCCACCAGAGUAACUGCAGGUGUUGAAAAGCAUUAUUUAUUUUUAAGCGUUUUAAAUUCUCACAGAGUGGCCUGCACGUUAUUUGUGAUAUCCACCAACUAAUCUACUGGGUUCUCAGAGACUUUUAACAGGAAAUACAUUGUAUGUUUGACCAGAUUCCUUUAGGAAAGUGAGUUGUGUUUUUUGUUCAAAUCGAAAUGUGAGUUCUAAAGGGCCAGAUGAUAGAUAACACGGCUAACCUUGUGGCCCAGAGGUAGAUCUCCUGCAACAUUAAACUAUCCCCUACUUACUUUCCCUUUUAAGUCAGAAAUUAACAAAUGUAAUCCAGAGCACAGGAACAAAUGAGUUAUGUCGCAGAAACACAGUUGGACUCUGCUCAUGAAGCCUGUUCCUAUGCCUUAUGACUUUCUCAGGGUCUUUUCACAUGUUACAAGGAAAGGCAUGCCUAUUCUCUACAUGGUGCCAUAGCAACUCCAUAGAAGGUGUGAAGGGAAAGUGUAUGUCUGAAAGCACAGGGUGAGAGCACUGCCAUGGAUCCAUGAUUACUUGAGGAAUACCAUGGAGGCGUCCCUCUGCUGUGUCUGUUAUGAGGCCAUGGCGUCUGGUAUUCUGCAGCUCUUAACGAGAAGAGGAAUAGCUAGCAAGAUUUGUUGUGGGUGUAGCUUUGUACAGUGGUGCCUCGGUUCUUGAACAAAAUCCAUUCUGGAAGCUCGUUCGGCUUCUGAAAUGUUCGAAAACCGAGGCACGGCUUCCCAUUGGUUGCAAGAGCUUCUUGCAUUCAGCAGAAGCUGUGUCUCACAUUCAGGUUCCAAAAAAACAUUUGAAAACAGAAGAAUUUACUUCUGGGUUUUUGGCGUUUGAGAACUGAAAUGUACAACAACGGAGGCAUUUAAAUGGUAAAGCAGCAUAACUAUGAAGACUUAAUGCCUAUUUUCUUAAAUAGAGUAACCCAGCAUGUUACGUACCAGGGAUUGUGCCCAUAGCCAAAAUUGCUUCAUUCAAAACCCAUUGUGUUCAAAGGCGAGUGGGGUUGCCAGAGUCAUUUUUCCUGCAACCCCAUCCCCUUUCUGCCCCCUUCAUUUUUAUUUUUUGAUUUGCCAUGUAUGAGCUUUAAGGCUUUCUUGAUUGAAGAAAGUGCCCUAUCCAAGAAUUCUCUCUGGCCAGACCUAUUUAGAGCACGAGGACUCAGCAGCUCCUUGAGUCACUUAUAGUUCCUGGAUAUUUGGCAGCUUACUAGUUUCCAGGAAAACGAAACCAAAGGCUGCUGAAUUCCUAGGGAGGCAGUGCAGUGGUGUUCUGCAGGCAAAGUGAUCUGUGGCACGACCUUAACAGGAAAGAGAAUCUCAGUGAUGCGGUUUUGAGGUUGCAGUUUGUCAGCAGCAGCUUUCCCAGUUCCUUUCCUGCCUUGCCCAUGUGUAUAUGAAAGAAAUCUGCAGAAUGAAGCGCAAGCCAUGUGGCUCAGUGCCUGCUUUUUGAACACCUUGCUGGAGCAGGCAGACUACUGUUUUCCAUGUUAAACACUAGAGGGCACCAGCGCACAGAUGGAUAGCUUUUCUCAUGCCACAAUAACCUGCAUUGUGUGUUGUUUGGCCUGCCAUCAUACAAGUCAGAUCUGGAGCAGGCACAAAAAUCAUCUCUGGGCAGGCCCUACCUUCGAUCCCAGCCUCCCAUAUUUAAUUUCCUCAUUUUGCAAUGAUUCAAUUUCCCUGCACCUUAGGUUGUAUCUCCCUGUUCACGGAGUGCUGCAGGAAGAGAGAAACAGCCACUGCAUGCCCGUGGUGCUUGCUAGAUGCAAAAGGAUAAUUUUGUGAGGCACAGCCUGAAAGAAGAAGGGGGAAACUUUAAGGUAAAUAGGAUGUGUUAGGCCCCAGGCAUGAAAAAACGUGAAUCCCUAUUAUUGCUUCAUGCCUGGUCUUAAGUUGAAUUUUGUAUGUGGAAAAGCUGGUCAGACUUUUUCCUGUUUUCUCAGGAAACUCAACGCUUUCCAUAUAGAUUUUUUGGCAUGAGAACUUAUCCUGCCCAUCUGCUGCAGAAUCCUAGCACGUUGCAGAAAAAUAUGCAAUGCACUCAAGACCUCACACUUGGUUCAUGCAGGUCCCCAGCCAAACCUGUUGCUCUGCUUUAACUGAAAGUGCGACCUGGAGCAUAAUCUAGCAUUCUCUUGCAGUUGCACAUUGCAAGAAAGGAUUAGUGGUGGGCAAGCUGUCCAUCUUAGGAGCUUGUCCACCCUUCGUGAUCUCAUUGCCAUCCGUAGAAUGCCAGUUCUACACAGUUUGAAAGUCGCAUAUCUGGGACACCUAAAAACGGUGCUGAGGGAAUGGCAGCUUACAUAAAUUGUCCCACAUAUGCACAUAUUUUGCAUAUGCUGCAUGAUCUAUUCUGCUGAACUCAGCCUGACAUAAAAACAAAAAACUCUAAGGCCCUGGGCAGUGGAAAUACUGCUCACCCCUGACCUGAGAUUGAACCAGGAUGAGUAUGUACUCAUAAGGGAAUUGUAGAAUUGGAAAGGACCAUGAGGGUCACUUAGUCCAGGGGUCAGCAAACUUACUACGCCUUGGGCUGGUGUCUCCAGCGCCGAUCGCGGGGCGGGGGAGCGCGUGCCAAUACGCGUGCGGACACGCUAUCUUUGACGCACUUCCGGGUCGGAGGAGCACCAGAAAUAGCUUGUGCGGAUGUGCACGGGCCUCCUCCAACCCGGAUGUGCACCGCAAACAACACUUGCGCAUGCGCACAAGCUAUUUCCAGUCCUCCUCCGACCCAGAAGUGGGCAGCCGCACAGCGCUGGUACGAGCGGGCGGCAGGGGUCGCCACGGGCUGGAUAAACGAGUCCCUUGGGCCUUAUCUGGCCCGCGGGCCUUAGUUUGGGGACCCCUGACUUAGUCCAACACCUACCGUGUGGGAAUCUUUUGCCCUGCAUGGGGCUCAAACGUACAACCCUGAGAUUUAGAGUCUCGUGCUCUACCAACUGAGCUGCUCUCACCGUCUGUCUUCUUCAGUGGUAUUUCUGUUUAGCGGGCAUCUGAGAGUCUUUCCUCAGCCUUGAUCGAGCCAUUAACUAAUGGAAGCCAUGGAAAACAGACUGAGGAUGUCAUUCCGCGCAUUUUCUUUUUUGAUUUUUCAGGUCUUGCCAUUUUUGCUGCUGCAUUUUCGAAUUUCGCCGCAGCCUUGGGGACUAGGUACUGAGUAUUAUUUUAAUCGAAGCGGGAUAUCUCUCUCCUUGCAGGUGGAACCAGAAGCUGUGUGCAUUUUUUCCAUCUUUUCUCUAACAGUUGGAUUCAGUUGCUUAUCAGCUCUUAGUCCCUGAAAUGGCCUGUUGGUUUUUUUUAUCUUGGUUUGCUGUUCCAUCUGGCUGUGAGGGGCUGAGUUUCACACCUGCUUUGGUACUGUGGAAGUGUACUGGUGUGUGGUACUCAAGAGGUAUGGACAUCUUAGUCCUUCCUGGCACAGCUGCGCAAUGGCUAGGGCCUUAGUAGUGGUGGGUGGUUCCUUUUUUAGAUGCUUAUUGUAACUGUCCCCCACCCCCAGGGUUCACCAGAGAGGGACGCCAACUCCUCGCCCAACAAAGAGACCCAUUCAGAGAACUGGAUUGUAUUUUUAGCCGAGCCAGAUUCUUUCUCCAGCUUUAAAAGUAGCAAAUGGGGGAAUGCAGCCUACAUCAGUGCGGGCCUUGCAGAAUGACCUCAUUCAGGCUUUGGCAUCUGUUCGGAGCAGAAACAAUCACUCAUGAUAUCAGGAGAUCAGAAUUUUCCCCCUUGUUGUGGUAGUAGGAGUAGUUCGUAAACAAGUGCAGGGCUCACUUCUGAAAUAUAUCUGAUGUGUGCGUUCUCCACAUUGAUGAAACAUGGUGGACCUCGGUAGCUGUAGUUUUGGGGUGUGAGCUGUGAGCUUCUGUUGAUUUGUCUGCUUCAGAUCCUUCCAAAAAGCCUAGUGCAUUUUGCUCCCCCCCCCCCCCCCGCUAAGCCUCCUUGGUGCAAAAGCCUGUAUAUCUAUUCUCCUAGCAAAGCAACAGUGAAAGCUCUAAUAGAGCAGUCAAAGCAAAACCCUCUUUGUAGUGUUCAGUACUUGUUGCAGGAACUUUUCCUGUUUCUCAGAAGCUUACUGGAGAUUUUUAAUGAGAACAUCAAUAACAACCUCCUAAAAAACAGCUUGCCUGCCAUUAUUGAUCUUCUCUUUGGAGAUGUGUAUCCGCAGGAUAUUUUAAGGAGUGUUCUAAGGCAAAUAUGUAUAGGGCAGAUUCACAGACCCCACAUGCUUGGCAUAGGGCCCUGCAUGAAUUGAUUAUACAUCCAGAACAGGACCCAGAAUCCUGUUUAAUAAAGUGGCAUUAAGCCACAGUAGCCCAUUUCAUCAGACACAAUGAGAAACUGGUUGAUCUUAACCAGGAUUUCAUAUUCCAAAGCCCGGGGCCCAACAAUCAACAGCAUAAGCAAAAAUAUAUUAAGAUACCAUGCACCACCUUUUAAUGCACAAAUUAAAUAUGAGUUAUUACAAAGCUAUCUAAUACUUCAUUUAUUAAUAAACAAGAAUGAAGGAGUUCAGAAUCCGAUUGGACUGUUCUUAGUGCAGACCAGACAAUAACCUUAAAAGAUGCUUAAUCUAAUAUAAUAAAACCAGUUCCCUUCUCUGAAGUUCCAACUAUUUUCUUUUUGAGUAAUCAACUUCCAGCCAUUUAAUACUUCUGUAAUUUCCCCUCUCCUCCAUUCCUGCAGUUGGCUUUAUUACUUCUAAUCGUCCCCAAAGUUUUCUUACCUAAUCUUUUAAAAUACAGUGGACCCUCCAGAUACAGUGGUACCUCAGGUUACAUACGCUUCAGGUUACAGACUCCGCUAAUUCAGAAAUAGUGCUUCAGGUUAAGACCUUUGCUUCAGGAUAAGAGCAGAAAUUGUGCUCUGGCAGCGCGGCAGCAGCAGGAGGCCCCAUUAGCUAAAGUGGUGCUUCAGGUUAAGUACAGACCUCCGGAACGAAUUAAGUACUUAACCCGAGGUACCACUGUACAAACUUAAUUCAUCCUCGGGGUCUGUACUUACCCUGAAAAGUCCGUAUCCAGAGGCGCUGCUUCUGCGCAUGUGCGUGGCGCGAUAGAGCGCUUCUGCACAUGUGGCGCACAGAGAAACCUGGAAGUAUGCACUUCCGGGAUUGCCGUGUUCACAACCCGAAAUUAUGUUACCCGAAGGUAACAUAACUCGAGGUACCACUGUAUCUAUCCAUUCUGUAACAUGAGCAAUUACAAAAUUACAAAAAUUUACAUGGCCCAGGUCCAAUAAGGAGAUUGUAUUUGCUCUUUCACAUAAUUUAGCAAAGAAAAUAACUAUUUAUUUGAGAACAUCGGCAACUGUACAGCUUUUCCUUACUACAGUUCCACAACAAAUGGAUAAAAUCCCCUUUAUCUCUAUUGCCAUGUCAACAUUUGCCACACCCCCCCCCCAAAAAAAAUCACUUUUAGGGACUUCCAAGGAGUCUGGUGGCACCAAAGGCCCAUCUUAAUACAGCUUUUUUUAUAUAAAUAGUAGCAACUGAGAAGGUGGCACCUUUUACCAAACAGUAAAUUCAACGCUGCUUUACCACGUAUCCUGGUUCCAUUUUUUUCCUAUUGUGGUCACACUCAUUGCCUUCUAAUCCUAGUACAGUCAUACCUCUUGUUGCAUUUGCUUCACGUUGUGGGUUUUCGGGUUGCAAACGCGGCAAACCUGGUAAUGUAUACUUCCGGGUUUCGCCGCAUGCGCAGAAGCGCUCUAUCGCGCUCCACGCUUGCGCAAAAGCGCCGCUCUAGUUGCAGACAUUUCAAGGUGCAAACAGCACCCCGGAACGGAUCAUGUCCGCAACUAGAGGUACCACUGUAGUAUCUGUUAAAUUCUAGAGAACAUCUUUAUUCUUUAGGAAUACAUUUCAAAUUAUGUAUGUCCUCUAAUGCAUAUCUCUCCCCUUUCUAUUUAAAUAAGCUUUUAUCUGGAUAAAUGGGGAAAAGACUCAGCUGGCAUUACAGUUUCCAUACUGCUUGUUCACAUGUGGUGAUCUGGGCCCAAUCUUGAUAUAAAUCUAACCUGCUGAACAAACCAGUUUUAUUGUGGGGAAGUGUCUGGGAUAUGAAGUGGGAACAGUCCAUUAGUUAUGACAUAGGAGGGUUGUUGUUGUUGUUGUUUUAAAAGCACCUUCAAGAAAAGAUAAGCACUUGCUGUUACUCCUCUGCAGUCACCUGAUUGGGUGUCCAGAAUUUCGGGGGGGGGGUUAUUUUAAAAAAAGACCAACUGUCGUUCUAUUUCAUGUGCAGAAAGGUUUCAAGAGAUGGUAUCAGUAUCUCUUUAAAAGAGGCUAUGAACCCGAAAGCGGGGGAGAAGGUUUGAGUAUGCUACCACUCAGUGGAUUUGUAACUGGCUGACUGACCGAACCCAAAGGGUGCUCAUCAAUGGUUCCUCUUCAUCCUGGAGAAGAGUGACUAGUGGGGUGCCACAGGGUUCUGUCUUGGGCCCGGUCUUAUUCAACAUCUUUAUCAACGACUUGGAUGAUGGUCUCAAGGGCAUCCUGAUCAAAUUUGCAGAUGACACCAAACUGGGAGGGGUGGCUAACACCCCAGAGGACAGGCUCACACUUCAAAACGACCUCGACAGAUUAGAGAACUGGGCCAAAACAAACAAGAUGAAUUUUAACAGGGAGAAAUGUAAAGUAUUGCACUUGGGCAAAAAAAAUGAGAGGCACAAAUACAAGAUGGGUGACACCUGGCUUGAGAGCAGUACAUGUGAAAAGGAUCUAGGAGUCUUGGUUGACCACAAACUUGACAUGAGCCAACAGUGUGACGCAGCAGCUAAAAAAGCCAAUGCAAUUCUGGGCUGCAUCAAUAGGAGUAUAGCAUCUAGAUCAAGGGAAGUAUUAGUGCCACUGUAUUCUGCUCUGGUCAGACCUCACCUGGAGUACUGUGUCCAGUUCUGGGCACCACAGUUCAAGAAGGACACUGACAAACUGGAACGUGUCCAGAGGAGGGCAACCAAAAUGGUCAAAGGCCUGGAAACGAUGCCUUAUGAGGAACGGCUAAGGGAGCUGGGCAUGUUUAGCCUGGAGAAGAGGAGGUUAAGGGGUGAUAUGAUAGCCAUGUUCAAAUAUAUAAAAGGAUGUCACAUAGAGGAGGGAGAAAGGUUGUUUUCUGCUGCUCCAGAGAAGCAGACACGGAGCAAUGGAUCCAAACUACAAGAAAGAAGAUUCCACCUAAACAUUAGGAAGAACUUCCUGACAGUAAGAACUGUUCGACAGUGGAAUUUGCUGCCAAGGAGUGUGGUGGAGUCUCCGUCUUUGGAGGUCUUUAAGCAGAGGCUUGACAACCAUAUGUCAGGAGUGCUCUGAUGGUGUUUCCUGCUUGGCAGGGGGUUGGACUCGAUGGCCCUUGUGGUCUCUUCCAACUCUAUGAUUCUAUGAUUUUAUGAGUGGGUGGAGCAGGAAACACGUCUUGCGAUUUCUACAUUGUGGCAGUCAUCCAUUUCUCUUGCCCUUGUACGUGCCCACCUGCAGUCCAUAAUGGGACAGACUGCCGGCCCUGGUUUACCAUGUCACCUGCUAUUUGUAAGAACUAGGCCUAAACCUCCUAAUAUUCCAACCAGACUCACUGGUCUGGUUCUGACAAAAUAAGCUAGUGAGCCUUGGACUCAAAUCUGUUGCCCUUUCCUCUUCCAUUUCGUGCCUGUGAGGAGGAAGUUGGAGCUUUUGCUCUUGACUUCAAACAAGCCACAGUUCCAUGUGACGGUCCAGACCUGAGAAACUGUGGUUUGUUUUUACUAUUCUUUUUAGUGAGAACAAGCCAGGGUCAGUCGUAUGUUUCUGAUCCAGGCUUGUUCUGAAACCAUUUUCCAUUGUGUUGAUGUGGGGAGCCGACUUUGGUUUUCAAGCCAGAAGAGAAUGAUUCCAGUCUUCUCUGUUAAGUGAGCCCAACACAAAUCCACAGAGUGGGAAAUCAUGGUUUCAAAUUAUGUCUUAAUGUGGACCUUGUUUUCUCAUGCCUACCUGCAAUAAAUAACAGUAUUUUUUUUAAAGUGAAAAUGAAGGGUUUUGGAACUUUAAAAAUUGUUCUUUGACUGUCCCAAACCUAUUGAACCGCCUGUGCCACUCCUCUUAAACCACUAUAUUAUGUAUAAGGAAGGGACGAAUCAGGGCCAUGGUUAGCUUCUUGAGCCAAAUUUGAUUGGCUGCAGUGAACGUGAGCUGCACAUGUCAUGGUUUUCACCGCCCCUGAGCCGCCUGGGGAGAUGAGAUGUCCUUGGCUUCUAUUGUAUUGGCAGAAUGGAUGAACCAUGCCAUUCUAGUGAGAACACCCUUGGGGGAAGGGAAUCCAGAGGGGGUGGCCAGUGUUGGGGCCAGAAUGAGGUUAAAACCAUGUUAACACACCCCAACACAACUCUCUAUUGUUUUGCUCUUUUCUCCAAGGGGCUGUCCUAACAUAGCUGGCAUUGUCCACUCCAGAGUGCCUUUCUCUUGCCUCUUGCCUGGGAGUAGUGAGGAGGUGGCACUCUGCUGAAUAGAUCUGCUUAAAGCUAUCUGUCCAUUAUGGUUUGAGUCUGCUUUGCAGCUAUUACUUGAUUAGUCGAUUGAAAACAUUCUGGUCAACUGAAAAUAUUCCCAUGAGCAUGUCAGUUUGGGCCAUUGCAAGAAGAGACUUGCUGUAUAAGACAACGUCCUUUCAGACCAGCAUCCUACAAGGAAGGGGGUGUAGUAGCCAUCCCGUCACUUUGUAUCCUCUGAAAUUAGUAUUCACUGGCAUAUUUUCUUUCAACUUGGGAGGUUCUUUAUAACAAUCAGGAGUAAUAGCCACAUAGGCCAUUUUGUUCAGGUCUUCACAAUAGAAACAAAGGUACAGGUGUAAUUUCCUGAUUCAUUAACCACAUGCAAACCUGUUGUUGUUGUUGUUUAGUCGUUUAGUUGUGUCCGACUCUUCGUGACCCCAUGGACCAGAGCAUGCCAGGCACUCCUGUCUUCCACUGCCUCCCGCAGUUUGGUCAAACUCAUGCUGGUAGCUUCGAGAACACUGCCCAACCAUCUCGUCCUCUGUCGUCCCCUUCUCCUUGUGCCCUCCAUCUUUCCCAACAUCAGGGUCUUUUCCAGGGAGUCUUCUCUUCUCAUGAGGUGGCCAAAGUAUUGGAGCCUCAGCUUCAGGAUCUGUCCUUCCAGUGAGCACUCAGGACUGAUUUCCUUCAGAAUGGAAAGGUUUGAUCUCCUUGCAGUCCAUGGGACUCUCAAGAGUCUCCUCCAGCACCAUAAUUCAAAAGCAUCAAUUCUUCUGUGAUCAGCCUUCUUUAUGGUCCAGCUCUCACUUCCAUACAUCACUACUGGGAAAACCAUAGCAAGCCUACACACCCUUAAAACCCUAUGUGGGAAACCUGUGGCCCAUGGGCCAUAUAGGGCCCCCCAUUCUUCCUAAUUUGGCCCGCCAGGCCAUUUCCCCUGGCCAUGGCCACCUCUAGCCCAGUGUCAUAUGACGUUAGGUGUGAGACAGGUAAUGAUUCAGUUGCAAAUGAACAAUCGAGAAACUUGCUCAGCUUGCAUAGUUAAUAAUAAUAAUAAUAAUAAUAAUAUUUAUUUAUUUAUACCCUGCCCUCCCCAGCCAAGACUGGGCUCAGGGCGGCUAACACCAGGUAUAAAAACAAUUGAUUAAAAUGCAACUUAAAAACAAGAUUAAGUACAACAUUAAAAUGCAGCCUCGUUUCAAUAGAAACUCAUAUCAAAAACUUGGGGAUGAAAACGUCAAAUCUUCACCAAGGCCAACUAUCCAGACUGGUCCUACAUGGGCCAGAAAAAAGCCAGGGAAGUCCCCAAAUAGGAGUUCCAUCACAGAAGGAGAAAGGAAAGAGGGGGAGGGGUUAGUUAACACAUGAAUUUCUCCAACAGCACCAAUGGUGGCCACAGUGGGUGCAAACCACAUCUCCCUCUUAACCAGGAUCUGAAACUCACUCUGAACCAUGGUUAGGACAGAGGAGAGAAGACAAUGGUGAGAGCACCUAAUUGCAUGCCUCGUUCCCAGCCACGUGACCUCCGUUUGAAACAUGACAGGCCACACACAGUGUUUCUAGUGUAAAGCAUUCCAUGGGAUCUCAGUUUGGUUGAGUUGUGCACCCCUGGUUUAAGGUGAUCCAUUCCCCAGGGCUGGGGGAGCUUCUGUAUGGCCUCUUAAAAUCAUUCUCAGCCAUGUAUCCUUGAUGAUUGUCUAGAAAUGGUGCACAGUUCCUUAUGAACAACAGCUUUGGGUGGCUUUCCUGCUUCUGGGAGGAGUCUCUGCCAUUAGCACCAUGGUUAGCUGAUUGCGUGACCCUCUAUCCCAGGGUUUCCCAAAGUGGUUGAUAUUGGGGUCAGUGGGACUGUGCAGGAUGUGAAUAAAGACCAGGGGUUCAAAAAGAGCCUAGGGUGGAAAAUAAGCUCAAGUGGUGUAGUAUGAAAAAAUACAUUGGGAGGUAAAGGUAAAGGGACCACUGACCAUUAGGUCCAGUCGUGGCCGACUCUGGGGUUGCGACGCUCAUCUCACUUUAUUGGCCAAGGGAGCCGGCGUACAGCUUCUGGGUCAUGUGGCCAGCAUGACUAAGCCCUUCUGGCGAACCAGAGCAGCGCACGGAAACGCUGUUUACCUUCCCGCCGGAGCGGUACCUAUUUAUCUACUUGCACUUCGACAUGCUUUCGAACUGCUAGGUUGGCAGGAGCUGGGACCGAGCAAUGGGAGCUCACCCUGUCGCGGGGAUUUGAACCGCUGACCUUCUGGUCGGCAAGUCCUAGGCUCUGUGGUUUAACCCACAGCGCCACCCACGUCCCGAUAUAUUGGGAACUACGAGUGUCUAAAACAAAAGACACAGGCACGUACAGAGUGCAGAUCCCUUGCCAAUGAGUUACCUGUAUUUAAUCAUAUGAUUCCUCAGUAUAACAGUAUUCCUUAUUACUUAACAUAUUAUGAGUCCUAGCAAUAGAGACUGAGUAAUAAACGCUGCUUAUAUAUUGGCAUUCUUAAUUUCAUUUACGUUCCUAAGAAUUUGGACUGGGGUUGAUGACAACUUCAGAAGCUCAUCAGGGGAUCAGUUAACUCAGACGUUUGGAAGCCCUGCUCUGUCCUGUUGCCUUGCCUAUGCUGGAUCUUGCUGCCUCUUCUUGGUUGUGAUAGCUUGUUUCUUUUCAGAGAAGCAGAGUCCUUCAAGGAGCAAGGAAAUGCCUUUUACGCUAAGAAGGACUACAAUGAAGCGUUCAACUACUACACAAAAGCGAUAGGUGAGGAGAGAGAAUGGCUUUCUUGGUUUGUUAAUCAGAGAAUUGGUGCAACGUGCCUGUGGGUCUAUUUGGUUCUGGCCACAAGGGCCUUGAUUUUCUUCAUCCGAAACUCUCGCUUCUGCUCUGAUUUGUAAUACUUUGCCUCAGUUCAGGGUAGGCAAUACAUAGUCAACAACAGAAUACCACAGUUAGAUCCAACAUCCUGGAUGCAGAGGUCCUUGUAACACAUGUGUAAUGGCAAGGUUUCUCUUGUGCACCAAGCAACACUGUGAUUCUCAAUAUUAUAGUUGAACCAUAUUUGUGUAAGCAAGCUGUCACAUACCUGACUGUUUCACAUGCAGAAAUGUAAAAAUUUCAAAGUCCUGAGAAUCUCAGCCUUACAAACUAGAUUUUAAAAAGUUGCUGAACAUGGUUUUGGAGGCAGCUUGAAAAAUAGGAUAGCAAUAUUGGGCUGAAAUUUCAGAGUGGAUCUUUCCUGGGUCUUCCACCCUACCCCAUUUUUUUGCCCUCUGAACUUUCCUUAACUUUCCUGCUGAUUCUAACCUCUGUUCUCUCCACUCGCCCUUUUUCUUUCCUUUUCUUUCCUCGUCGUUUAUAUGCCCAGAGCAAAGGCACAAACAUUGAAAUGAAUGGUUUCUACUAAGUGCCAUUUUACUGGGAGUGGGGAGAGAAAAAAACCAUUGGGACUUGGUGGUGAGGGUUGGCACAAGAUCUAAAAAACUAACCUUUCAAUUUUUAUCGAACUUGAAUUGUUAAAGAAUAAUAACGUGCAAACGAAACCACAGACCUCUGAAUUUCAUUAGGGAUCCAGAAUUUAGCUUACCAGUGAGUGGUGUUUGCUUUCUGCUUCCAUCUUAUUGAAAGGGCAAGGAUCUGGGGACAGGGUAAGGUGGGGAUUUCUACUCUGUCUUUGUUGUACUUAACGCUUCUGCUCCCUGUCCUCAAGAUGCAUGCCCCAGCAAUGCCAGCUACUAUGGGAACCGUGCUGCCACGCUCAUGAUGCUAGGCAAAUUCCGGGAGGCCCUGGGGGAUGCCCAGCAGUCCGUCAGGAUGGACGACAGCUUUUUGCGGGUAUGUUAUUCCAUGUGGCAAGACAGUAUCAGCAUAUAGCACCAAUCUUGGCUGCCAAUCCAUUUCCAAGCCCAGUUCAGAGUGCUGGCUUUGACAUUUAUAACCUUAAACAGCGCAGGACCACAACAAAGACUGCCUCCUCCCAAUAUGAGUCCACCUGGACCCUGCGAUUAUCAUCUGAGGCCCUCCUUCAUGUGCCUUCUCUGUCAGAGGUCUGGAGGACAGCAAUGCAAGAACAGGGCCUUUUCUGCGGUGGCUCCCCGUUUGCAGAAUGCGCUCCCCAGGGAGGCUCGCCUGGCAUCAUCAUUUGUAUCCUUAGGCAUCAGGCGAAAACUUUCCUCUAUAACCAGGCCUUUGGCCUUUAACUAUCUGUGGCUUUUUAGAAGUGGAUGGGAUGCUUCUGAUGUACAGUGGUAACUUGGUUUAUGAACUUAAUACGUUCCGGAAGUCCAUUCUUAAACUGAAACCGUUCUUAAACUGAGGCGUGCUUUUCCUAAUGAGGCCUCCUGCCGCCGGUGCCCUUCCACUGUUUGGAUUCUGUUCUUAGACCGAGGUAAAGUUUGCAAACCAGGACACUACUUCCGGUUCUGCAUAAUUAGUAAACCGAAUAGUUUGUAAACAGGGCUGUUCUUAAACCGAGGUACCACUGUACUUUUCUUUCCUCUUGGUUUUAAUGUAUCUAUGUGGGUUUUACUGUCGAUGUCUGUUUUAAGUUGCUUUUGGUUGCCGUGGGCAAGAUUAAACUACCCACAAAUUUAAUAAAUAAUGAAAAUAAUAUGUGCAGCUCCCCUACUGAUGAUCCACAUUUACACUGCAUGCUGUCGAGAUUCUGCCACUCACCACCACCUCUCCAUUCUCAGGGACACCUACGGGAGGGGAAGUGUCACCUAUCUCUGGGCAACGCCAUGGCUGCCAGCCGCUGCUUCCAACGAGUUUUAGAACUGGAUCAUAAAAACGCACAAGCUCAGCAAGAGGUAUGGUUUUCUCAAGUCUGAGUUUGCCUGAAGAGAGGGAUACUCAUCUGGCAGAACUAGGGUAGUUGUCCCGAAUCGACAACCUUGGCUUGCUUGUAUCUAAUAGCAUCUAAGGAUGUAUUAGCUUGAUUCUUAAAUAUAGAGAUUCUUGAGAGUCUCUACAAGGUAUAAGGCAGGUAUUUGUGGAAUUCAAGAUAUGCAGAAAAGCAGCCUGCAAUCUUGUUCUUCGGAAGGGGUGAUGGGGUUGCAAAUAUUUUGAAUAAAAAUAAAUAAAACUUUAGAAUUAUUUGCUGCAUGGGCUGUUAACAAUGGAAACUGACAGUGUUCUUGCUUUGCGUUGCAGCUGAACAACGCCAGAACUGUUCUAGAGUACGAGAAAAUUGCCGAAAUUGACUUUGAGAAACGGGAUUUCCGAAAGGUACAAAUGAAGCAGCACCAAUGUGGACUUUCCCUGGGAAUGAGUUGGAGAUAGGUUGAUUCCUGCUCACCACCCCAGGACUGAAAGGUCUAGGGUUGGUUCUGGUUACUCAAGGGAACCGGAAUCCAGUCUCCCUUGAAUGGCUCUUGCUUGUCCCCGUGUGCCCCCUGCUCAUGCUCAGAGUACAUCUUAAGACAGAAUAACUUUGCCCCUUCGACCCCGGUGUUAAGGCCUCCGUAUAUCCCGGUGAAUUCCUAGCUCACUUGUCUCCUAAUGGCUGAGAGCAGCUGGCUCGCCAGGGACAAUCUCAAGUUUGUCUUAAGGAAGAACCCUGCCUUGUCUGAGACUCGAGCCAGUUCUACCCGGGCUUCUCUGUUCCUUGGGCAGCGUCAAACGUGCCCUUUGUUUCUGGAGAAGAAGCAUCUCCUUCCCAUGGCCUCCAUCAUUUGGAGAGUCUCGGCGCUUCCCGCUGCCCCCAGCAGUGAUGUCACCUAUGGGAAGGGGCGGGGGGGAGAGCCGAAAACCCAGCUGAGCCUUGGGCCAAACAAUGGGCCCCUUCUUGUGCAGCUGUCACUUCUCUGGAGCAGCAAGAGAGCCCGUGAAGUCACUCAUUGAGGCCUGGAGCUUGAGUUAGCCAUUUGUCAUGGUAGCUUCAUCCCGCCCUCCCUUGUCUUAACACUCCGGGCCUGUUGGGUUAGUCUAAUGGCUGUUGCAGCAAGGUGGUUUCCCCCCUGUUUCAGGAAUGCUUCUUGUUGCCUCGAAACGUGAGUGCUCACAGAGUAAAAAAAGUCAAUCCUUUAUUAGGCAUAGCAAACCACGCAUUAUCAAACAAACACCGUAUACAAAUUGUGCAAAAUACAAUUUCAGCAUAACAAGGUUUGUCCCAGUCAGAUCUUUAACUCCAGAGAGAAUCAAUUUUCAUAAAUAAUACAAUAUAACACUACCACAUCACCGAUCAAUUAAGAACCACAAAAUCUCUCUAUAAUGGCUCAGUCUUUCUACAUGGACAUCACUCAAAAAUUCAGCCACUAUUAAUUUGAUCAUUCUUGUCUGAGAGCAGAUCCUGAACCGUUGGUGGCAUAGAAUUGAGCCUGUUAGGUUGUAAGGCCUGUAAUAAUUGUCUUCUGGCAUAAAUGCCAAAAUCACAAGAAAAGAAAAUAUGCUCCAAAGUAUCAGGUUCCUGUUUACUACAUUUGCAGAGGCACUCUGCUUCUGGGAGAGCUAAAUAUCUUCCUCUUACUAUCAUCGAUGGAAACAUAUUAAAUCUGGCUAACAUAAACAGCCUGCACAAUUCAUGAUUCUUCAGAUUUGAAGUGUGCGCAGAGUAGAUGGGACCAUAUCUUAAAUGCAGAUUUGCCCCCAGUCAAAAAGUUAGUGGGUUACGGGGGAUCCUAUGGCAGACAAAUGAGGAGCUCAGAGAUCUGCAGCUUCCCCAUCUACUCUUCCCUGUUUUUCUUCAGCCGGGUUCUGCUGCUGGAAGAAAAUAACAUCUGAGGACAGACUGCGGGGCAGUAACCCCACAGACCCCACAGCAUCUCCUGCCAUUUGUUUCUUUUGCACAUAAAAUCGAACCAGCGGCAAUUUUUUCCUCUGUGUGUUUGGAGCAGAUCUGGGUUACCUUUGCUAGUGUGUUCUGCAUUCCAUCAAGCGUCAUGCAGGGUUGGUGCUCCACCCGAAGGACUUGGUACAUUUUUACUCCCAAAUUGCCCAGAACCCAGCACAUGGGCGCUGUUCUAGGUUAUUCAAGUCCCUUGAUCUGACAGGCAUGGAACUGACUCCCGUGUUUCCUUGUUCUCACUGACUGUUUCCCCCCCUCCAGGUUGUCUUCUGCAUGGAUCGUGCUCUGGAGUUUGCCCCCGCUUGCCACCGGUUCAAAAUCCUCAAAGCGGAAUGCUUAGCAUUGCUGGGUCGCUACCCUGAAGCACAGUCUGUGGCCAGGUGGGAACUGCAACCGCUAGAAACAGGCUUGGUGGGGAAAUUCCCUGUGCUGUGUAGGGAUGGGGGAGGAAUUUGUCAACCUCAGGUUCCAACGUGGAGUUCCUUGAUCCGAUCCGGGCAGAGCAGAACCUGGACUGGAUCAUGGAUCCACUUCAGAAUCCACAUUCCCAUGGAUUCCUUUGAAAAGGAGAAGUUCAAACACAGAUAAACCAGCUGCCCACUGCCUGAGGCAAGCUAGCAUGUGGGGUUCCUUGCUGUCACACACUCUCCAUGCAAUGAAAGUAAGCUCUCCCUGGGAACAAUGGGACUUGGUGUUUUCUUGCUCUCGUGGCGAAAUGCAAGGAGAUUGCUGGGGGCAGCCAUGUUUUUCCCCUGAGAGUGAUGGAACAUCAUCAAGUCCCAUUGCUCCUUCGGGGACUUUCUGCCACUUGUAUUAAAAGCUCACGACAGCAACGAGCCCUGCAUGCUAGCUGGUCCAAGCUGUGAACAGUUGGACGACUGGGUUUUGAACUUUUAAAAAAGGCAAUAAAAAGCUUUUAUAAGAACACAGGGAGCACGGCAGCCCUCGGACCGCUUUCGGAGUACUUUUUUAACCAGAGUUUCUGCAUGGAUUUUAAAGAAUUUUCCCUUUUUUAAAAAAAAACCUGCACAGAAAUUGGAUUUAGUCCCAUCUCCAUGCAGAACAGACGGACCAGACUUUAAUUGGUCUGUUUAUCCCUAAUACUGUGUAGCCUGAUUUGAUUAUCAGCUGGGUAAGUGAGCAGGUUUCACUGGUGCUUUUCCUCCUAUAAUGUUCCUGCUGCUUGUGUAAGUGGUUCUGUUCUCAGGAACUCGCAAAAUUUGGCUUCCCACGGUUGAGGGAUUUUCUUCCUUUUUGUUGCAAGUCAGAGUUACCGUGCCGAUAUCUUUUUAUUUGGUGGUGCUGGAGACUCUGGCGAUGAUGAACUAAAUUUCCCUAAUUCCAGAGGGGAUGGGGCAGACAGAAGAAUCUCUGGAUAGUUGGGAUUUGGGUGAUGGAGUGGUCCAGAGGAAUGAGGGGAAGGAAGGACCACUAGCAGGAGCCUCGGAGGAGGAGAAAAACUCAGAUUGGCCUGAAGGUGUUGGUGUGAGGUGCUGCAUAUUGAUGUGAAAUAGCCGGCCACAUCCUUGUCUCACAGGAGUGUUGGUUCCUCCGUCGAGGGGUAGGGACGUGACCUGGGUGGAUUUGAUUUAAAUCAUUUUUUUUACAGAAAGACUCAUUCUUGCUGGUAUAAUCUUAAUAUUUACAACCAGAGGAAGGUUUCAUUUUUGGAAUAAAAAAAAAUCAAAGUAGUAUUUACAGUUAUAUCAAAAAUUACUGAUCUGGUUAUACUAUUAGAAAUAACAUAGACAGAUAAUUAGGAAAUUGUGAGGUUUAAUAAGUUAACUGUUUAUAUUUGGACAACUUCUCUGCUGUACUUUAUUGGAAGGAGAAAAAUAAUCAUUUCCUUAAUAACAAUUUAAACUAACUAAAGCAAUAACAUUAUAGCAUAUGUAUCCAUGUUUGUUAACGGAUGUGGUUAAAUGAUUAAAAAAACUCACAUAUACCUAAGACUGAGUUUUAGCACACAUGAAAAACUUAAAACAAAUCCUUAUUUUCUGAUGAAUAGCCUUUGGACUAUAAUGUAACUUAAAAAGGAAACUACAUUUAGUUUAGUGCUCUGGUCCAUGGGGUCACGAAGAGUCGGACACGACUAAAUGACUAAACAACAACAAUCUUUAGAAAGAUUUUUCCUCCAAAAGCAUUUUAUUUUAAAAAAUCUCAUUUAAAUAAAAAAAAUCCAAUUCAAAUAAAAAAAAACCAAUUUAUUAUUAUUAUUAUUAUUAAUCAUUGGUUUUUAUCCACCCUGGAUGUGACCAGCUGUCCUUUGGUGACCAACAGUUCUGUGACUCUCCCUUUGUUUCUGUGCUUAGCGACAUCUUGCGAAUAGACUCCACAAACGCUGAUGCCCUGUACGUCCGAGGUCUGUGCCUUUACUACGAAGACUGCAUUGAGAAGGCUGUGCAGUUCUUCAUCCAGGCACUCAAAAUGGCUCCCGACCACGACAAGGCCUGCCUCGCCUGCCGCGUAAGUAUGAAAGGAAGCAGCCAGGUGGGCGUUUGCUUUUGACAGGCCUGCGGGCGAUGGAGGGGGCGGGAUGGCCUUCACCUGUGCUUAGAGGGAACAGUGGCAAGCAUCACUUGGCAGGUGGCAUUCAGGAACAAGGGCAAACGUUGCACUGCUUGUUCCUUUCUAGAGAGGAAGUCGGAAGAUACCUUUCAUCCCUCCCCUUUUUUUCUUUUUCUUUUUUUCUCGCCAUACCUUUUAUUUUAGGCAUGCACACUUACUGUUUCACUGAUAACAUUAAGCCUGACUAAAAUAGGCCCAUUGAAAUAAAGGAAUCCAACUAAUACAGACCUAUUAUGAACUGAUCUUUGACCAUAAUAAUAAAUACUGUAUUUUUUGCUCUAUGAGACUCACUUUUUCCCUCCUAAAAAGUAAGGGGAAAUAUGUGUGCGUCUUAUGGAGUGAAUGCAGACUGCGCAUCUAUCACAGAAGCCAGAACAGCAAGAGGAAUUGCUGCUUUCACUGCGCAGCAAUCCCUCUUGCUGUUCUGGCUUCUGAGAUUCAGAAUAUUUUUUUCUUGUUUUCCUCCUCCAAAAACUAGGUGCGUCUUGUGGUCUGGUGCGUCUUAUAGAGUGAAAAAUACGGUUAUUGCUAUUAUUACAGACCUGUUAACUGGUCGACCCAUAUUUAAGGGUAACGUUAAAUAGAAUCCAUCUCUUCCUGUCCCCUCAUUUCUUGGUAUUAUUCCUCACUGAAACCCGACAGCAGGACACCAAAGGACCCCCCCUCCUGGGGGGGGGGGGAAUAGUUGGGAGUUAACACAAGGCGGAACAGCGCUUUUCAAAUGAGAAAGUGGGUGGCUCUUAAAAGAGCCUUUGGGUUUCUGUAGAACUUUCCCAGGCAACCGAAAAAAGGGAGCCCAGCACACUUGGAGCUGGUGUACUUGGUGACAGCCCUGGUGCCCUCCGAGACGGCGUGCUUGGUGAGCUCUCCGGGCAGCAGGAGUCGCACGGCGGUCUGGAUCUUCCGGGAGGUGAUGGCGGAGCGCUUGUUGUAGUGCGCCAGGCGGGAAGCCUCGGCUGCGAUGCGCUCGAAGAUGUCGUUGACGAAGGAGUUCAUUAUGCUCAUGGCCUUGGAGGAGAUGCCCGUGUCUGGGUGGACCUGCUUGAGCACCUUGUAGACGUAGAUGGAGUAGCUCUCCUUGCGGCGCUUCUUGUACUUCUUGCGCUUCUUUUUUCUUUAAAAAAAUUUUUUAAUUUUUAUUAACAAACCAAUCAAAUCACAUUAGUUCCAAAUUACAAAGCCAAAUUUUAAAUUUUGUUGGGGGUACCCAUGCUUCGAGCUCAGAAAGGGAUCCAAUCAUUUAUUGUUGCUGCUGCUUUGAUGUUCACAGUUCUGUCCAUUUGAUGUUCACAGUUCUGUCCAUUCCUCUCUUUGUUGUUUUCCUUUAUAAAUCAUCUCUUCUUGUUAUUAUCAUAAUUUUUUUCUUUUUUUUAUCACCUCUGAACGUCUGCCGCUUAGCUUUCACAGACUUGUCGCUCCCAUAUCGAUCUUUUUAGGGGGUUCUGCCAAGUCGAACACAGAGUCAAGUAUGAUAACAAACCCAUGGCUUCCUUCCCCUCUUGAUCGUCAAUCCUGCAACAAAGCCUGCCUGUCAUGGCGAUUCUCUUUUUAGAACUGCGUCAUUCCAAAAGCCUUCCGUUCCUUUCCAGAUCUUCCACAAAGCAUAGUCUUUGGUUAAUAAUUUAAUUCCACACAGUUCAUAAUAAUCUCACUUGUUGUCAGUUGUUGCAGCGGUUCUUCUUGGGGGGGGGGGAUUGUUAGGUAAUUACAUAGAGAAAAAAAGAAAAGUCCCCCCCCCUUUCUAGUCGCCCUUCUUCUGCGUUUUGGUGAUGGCCUUUUUGGAGCUCUUCUUGGCCGCGGGACCGGACUUGGCCGGCUCAGGCACCUUCAGUCUUCUCACUCAACUACAGCCUCAAGCAAGAGUGGUUUAAGAUACCUUUCUGAGGUAUCCAAAGAAGGGUUUAAGAUCACCAAGGCUGUGUGCAUUUCACACCAAAACGUGCUGCUAGGCAACUUCAGUUCCGCACCAAGAAAGGUUGAAUUCUGCAAGCUGUAUAAAUUAUGCAGGCUGAGUAAACUCGCAUAUUUUUGCUCAUGGUGCAUAAUUUAUUCUGCACAUUUUACUAUCUUUCAUAAUUCCAUGUUUGCAAAUCCUGGGGUGUUGUCAGGGACACUGACUUCCAUACCCUGAGAAUCUUAAUCGGAUGCCUCUAGCUUUGUGAGUUUUCAGCAGGUAUUUUCCAUAUGCUUUCAAGCACAUAUUCAAAACCAGGAAAUGGUCAGAAGCUGAGUUUCUUGGCACCUAUUAUUACAUUAUGCCCUUUUGUUGUGCAAACAUCUAGUCCUGGCCCUAGUAUGGUAAUGCUCGUGAACAAAUACCUUGGGUAGCAAAUGAUGGAUUUGGCUACUUAACUGAUGAUAAGAAUGCAAAUUCUGUGGGCACAUGACGUCAGCAGGCAGUCCUUUCCCAGCUAUGACGUAAUUGCAAGUGGAUCCAGAGUACAGAGCAAGUCAGUGUGUGUUUAAUAUACAUUGUUUUUGUGCUGUUGGCAUCAUACUAAAAGGCCUGCAAUGUUUUGCCAGUUAAACAGUGUAGAUUAAAAUCUUCAGAUCAGUUUAAAAGGGUGCCUCACAGUUGUUGUGCAGUUGGGGAGCCUUAACUGUUGAUAGCUCUCAAUUACUAUUUUUUUAAAAAAACACAAUACAGUACAGACUGGGAGCUAAACAGAUUAUUGACACAAAUUAGGGGAUGCACAAAUCUCAAGUGUAUUGAUACAUUGCUGAGAAAGGAAGGCAAGGAAUUAUAGGAGAGCCUUGGUUUCAGAACAGUCAAAAUCAGUAUUUUAUCGUGUGUGUGAAAUAUAAAGUCCACAUGGUACCUUCAUUUAUGCCACAUGAUUACCUUUCAAAUGAUGACAUAUUUAUUAUGAUAGUAGUUUUUUUGUUGUUUUUAAUGAAGCAAGUUGAUAUGUUGUUAUAUCAUCCAACCCUAAUGGCAACUAUGGUUAGCACCAACCCUCCCUUUUCCCAAACAGUAUGAAUCAUUUUGCCCCUGCCGCCCUGGGCUUCUUUUAUGUUUUCCCUGAAAUUUCCAAGUCCAGGCCUAGUUCUCGCUCGCAAAUUUAUGCCAGUUAGUCAACCGCAGUUUCUUGAGUUAGGUGACAGGCCUGAUGGUGACGGGUUUGGGUUUUUUUUUGCUGCUCCAGUUCUUCAAUGCCUGAUGAAUGCCUUCUCUUCUAGAACGCCAAAGCGUUAAAAGCGAAGAAGGACGAUGGCAACAAGGCCUUCAAGGAAGGGAACUACAAGCUCGCCUUCGACCUUUACACAGAGGCCCUUGCAAUAGACCCAAACAACAGGAAAACAAAUGCCAAACUCUUCUGUAACCGCGGGACGGUUAAUGCAAAGGUAAGGAGACAUAAUAAACUUUGGUGGUGGUUCUUUUUUUUUAUCAGAUACAGUCGUACCUUGGUUCUCGAACACCUUGGUACUCGUAUGUUUUGGCUUCCGAACGCCACAAACCUGGAAGUAAGCGUUCCAGUUUGCGAACAUUUUUCAGAAGCCGAACGUCUAAUGCAACUUCCACUUGACUGCAGGAAGCUCCUGCAACCAAUCGGAAGCCACGCCUUGGUUUUCGAACUGUUUCGGGACUCAAACCCUGACUCUCUUUUAACCUCUUUUCUAUUUAUUUUUCUUUAUUUCUCUCUCUUUAUUCCUUCUCUUUAUGAUUUUAUUUUAUUUAGAUCAAAGUCUUAGUUUUGGGGGGGGAAAGGAAACGAUACUUGAUCUUAAAUUUUGUGUUUUUCUCUAUAAGCACUAAUAUAUAUAUAUUUUCAAAAAAAGGGAAACUGAGGUCUAGGAUUAAACAAUCUAGUCAGUAGCUAACUUUGUUGGAAAGCAACUUGGGCAGGAUAGAGAGAGUUGUGCAAAGCCUACCAACAAAUGCUGUUCUCUCCACACCUCUUCUUUGCUACUGGGUGUCUGUGGUUUGUGUUAAAUGCCCCCCCCCCCACACACACCAUCCUUCACUUCCUCCCAAGAGAGCCCAGGGCAGCAAACGCCAAAGUGGUGAAACAGUGCAAUUGAAAGCAACUAAUGCUUAGCCAACUUGGCAGGUGCUCAAAGUGUGCCCAAUGACUAUGCAAUUUGUUGCCGGAUGAUGGCUGUCCCAUCACCAUCCCUGCCCUAUUAGAGGAAGCUAGGUUUGGCUCAGAUAUCGCCAGUUCCUGACUGCAAAUGGGGCAGUUGGGGUUGCAUUAUGAUGAUGACUCUGCUGUUGAGACGAGGUGGGAGAGACUUUAGAAGUUUAAAGCAGCUGCACAACAUGUUGAUUUUGUAUAUUUUUUUACCAACACACAUCGAAAAAACAGAAGAUAAAAGAGUUAAACAAAACCAGGAAGAAGGUUAUUGCACAAGAACCGAAGAGUGAUGCUGUGAACCACUAGGGUUAACCUAGUGUUAACCUAGUUGUUCCUUGAGGAAACUGUUCACUGUGAUUCUUGGGAAGCCAAGGAGAACCUUUCAAUCCACUGAUAAGUUGAGGAAGCUCUCCGGUACUGGGCUUCUUGCAUUCUGAAAUUGUUUAAAAACUCUCCGGUGUGUUUCUCAUAAACUAACAUGGAGUGGUUCACUUCCCCCCAUAAGAAGGGAUCUGCAGGGUGGGCACCUGUGGAAAUGCAUCCAAGCAAAUGAAUAGCAUAAUGCGGAUUGCCAAAAUGUUAUAUGGAAACUAGCUCAGCCACUCCUUCUCCCCGCCUCCCCUCCUGGAUAACUUUUGGUCCUUUGUUUCAUCCUACGCUUCAUCUACACGUUCAGUGAUUGAUCCCCUAUCUAUCAAGCAGCCUAAUGUUUCUGGGCUAUUCAGUGUGGUCGUAUCACGGUUUGCAUCUUUAUUUUGUUACCCCCUAGUUUGCUUUCUAUCCUUCGAGGAGUGGUACCGUCAUAUUUCUGGGCAGCAAAAGUGCUUAAAAACAUUUUUGUUUCUUGGCAUGAAAAAAAAGCAAACAGCAGAUCCAGGUUGAGGAAAACUGUUUGCUGCCUUCCACUUUUAGAGACCAAAAUGAAAAAUAAUGCAGAGGGGUCCGUUUCCUAACCUUGCAGCUUGUCUUGCAGCUUAGAAAGCUAGAUGAAGCAAUAGAAGACUGCACGAGUGCCAUCAAACUGGACGAUACUUACAUCAAAGCCUACCUGAGGAGAGCACAGUGGUGAGUGUGUCUUGUUUAUAUUAAAUACUGGGCAUGCCUAGUUGGUGAUGCCCAGUUCCAGUUCUCAUUCCUGAUAUCGCCAUUUUUAAAAGAUCAGGUGAAACACAGCCAGGAAGCAUCUCUCCCUGAAACCGUGCUGGAUUGCUGUCCAGAUGGUGCUGGACGAGAGGUGGACUGGUGAUCACGUCUUUGCAUAAGACAGGUGUUCAUAUUAGGUAAAAGGGAAGCAUCACACUUUUGGUUCCAACUGCCUUGAUAACAAUAGCCAAUUGGAUUAGGUCAGUGGUUCCCAAACUUUUUUUGGCCAUGGCCCACCUAAGCAUCUCUAAAAUCCUGAUGCCCCUCCCCUGUGACACAUAAUUCUUACUAUUCAAAAAGUGAACUAUUCACAUGGAGGAAGCCUAAAAGACCAUUAACUGUUAAUAACUCAUUCUCGAAUUGCCCCCCUGUAGAGUGUGUGGUUGGGAACCACGGGAUUAGGUAAAUCAAGCUUGAUGUGACUAGGAACGUGGAGAAAUGUCCAAAGGCCAGUACGUUUCCAAGCAGAAUUCAGAGUGUUGGUGCUGACCUUUAAUGCCCUAAAUGGCCUUGGUCUUAUAUACCUGAGGGAGUGUCUCCACCCCCAUCAUUCAGCCCGGACACUGAGGUCCAGCUCCGAGGGCUUUCUCGGCAGUGGCGCCCGCCCUGUGGAACGCCCUCAUAUCAGAUGUCAAGGAGAUAAAUAACUAUACAACUUUUUGAAAGCAUCUGAAGGCAGCCUAGCCUUGUAUCUGGAAGUUUUUAAUGUUUGAUGUUUUACUGUGCUUAACGUUUUAAUUUGUUGGAAGCUGCCCAGAGUUGCUAGGGCAACCCAGUCAGAUGGGUGGUAUACGAAUAACUAUAUAUAAAUUGUAUACAGAUAUUGGGAGCAGGUGGCGCUGUGGUCUAAACCACUGAGCCUCUUCAGCUUGCUGAUUAGAAGGUCGGCGGUUCGGAUCCCCGCGACGGGGUGAGCGCCCAUUGCUCUGUCCCAGCUCCUGCCAACCUAGCAGUUCGAAAGCACGCCAGUGCAAGCAGAUAAAUAGGUAUGGCUGUGGCGGGAAGGUAAACGGCAUUUCCGUGUUCUCUGGCUUCCGUCAUGGUGUUCUGUUGCACCAGAAGCUGUUUAGUCAUGAUGGCCACAUGACCCAGAAAGCUGUCUGUGGACAAAUGCCGGCUCCCUCGGCAUCAAAGCGAGAUGAGCGCCGCAACCCCAUAGUCGCCUUUGACUGGACUUAACCAUCUUGGGGUCCUUUACCUUUACUUAUGCAAGUAAUAAAUUGUGGUGGUUGUUUUGUUGUUGGUGGUGUAGUCAGAUAGGUGGCAUAUGAAUACAGUGGUACCUCGGGUUACAGGCGCUUCAGGUUACAGGCGCUUCAGGUUACAGAGUCCACUAACCCAGAAAUAGUACCUCGGGUUAAGAACUUUGCUUCAGGAUGAGAACAGAAAUCGUGCUCUGGUGGCGUGGCGGCAGCGGGAAGCCCCAUUAGCUAAAGUGGUACCUCAGGUUACGAACAGUUUCAGGUUAAGAACGGACCUCCAGAACAAAUUAAGUUCUUAACCCGAGGUACCACUGUAAUAAUACGUUGUUGUUUAUUGACUUGUAUAAGCACUUGCGGUCUCACUUUCAAGAUCACCGUUGUUGUUGUUUUUAUCCCACUGCUUCCUCCAAGAAGAUUAGGACCUGGGUACAUGCUUCUCUGCCUUCCCUGGGAAGUAGGGUAGGCUGAGACAUAACAGCAGACAGGAAUCUGUGCGGUUCAAGGCUGACUGUCUAUUUAUUGUGGGGUUCUCAGUUCUGAUCAGCUGCUUUUAUCAACUAUACCACAAUACUACAUUGGCUUUUUGUGCUGGCUUUUUAUUCCUGGUUCCUAUUCACAUCAGAGUUGCCUUGCCAGGGGCAGUGGGUGACUUUGGAAUGCUUCCUUCAGCUCUAAAUUUGGGGCUGGGAAGGAAUAGUUUCCUAAACCCCAGGGCACAGGUUGGCGAGUGACUCAUUUGCCCCGUUCUUAAGCUGUUGCCAUUAAGAUAUCACUAAAUGUGCUUCCCUUGCUUAUAGUUACAUGGACACAGAGCAAUACGAAGACGCUGUGAGGGAUUAUGAAAAGGUUUACCAGACGGAGAAAACAAAAGGUAAAAAUACAGCAUGCCAUUUUCAGAAGAUCUUGAAAGCUGGCAUCCUUCGCCGUGAUCUCUUGCGGGUACGAAAUGCAAGGGUACUCAAAAUUCAAAUCUCUGACCUUCCUAAACUGGUAGAGAAAUCCCGUGACUUGGUGGACUAUUUGGUUUAAAUGGGUCUUGGAGGGUUUCCUGCCAGGCCAAGAGUAUUGAUGUUUCAUUUAAUUCUCCCUCUUCCUUCUUAGACUAGUAGGCAUGUGUGGAUUCCCAGUACGCCCACCCUGAUAAGCGUCCACACACAAUUCCAUCCCCCGUUUUCCUGACCUGCCUCUGACUCUUGACUUCUUCAACUGUAUGUGUUGUGAUUUGCAAAGGAAAUUGUAUCAAAGAGGGGAACAUCCCAUGCAUGCAAACUCUCAUUUAUAAACCUGGUGUUUGGGGUGGGUUAGGGCUGCUUUUUGAGACUUCCCCUUCUCUGCACUAUCUUCUAGAACACAAACAACUCCUUAAGAACGCGCAGGUGGAGCUGAAGAAAAGCAAGAGAAAAGACUAUUACAAGAUCCUGGGGGUGGACAAGAACGCGUCUGAAGACGAGAUCAAAAAGGCAUAUCGGAAGCGCGCCCUGAUGCAUCACCCAGGUACAGAGAGAUCCUCUCAGCAUCCUCAUUCAGAACCCGCUGGUUCCCAGACCGUGGGAGCUGGCAUACUAUGAAGGGAGCCGAAGUGUGCCUUGCAAAAUUAAGCUUCCACACCAGAUGCUUGCAGCACGUUGCGCUUGGCAGGCAUAACAUCCUAAGAGAGAGGGAGCAAUGGGACUUUGGCAAAACUUAAUAGACUGACCUGUGGGGGGGGGGAGUGGGUAUGUUGGGAUGGGGCGGGACUCUUCGUAAUUGUGUUUGUACACUGAAAAUCAAGAAGACUUCUUAUUAAAGAAAAAAAGAGGACGAGUAAGGAUGUGUCUGGAUUAACAACAUACGAAGCCCUGCUGAAUCAGAUCAGUAGCUCAUGCAGGGCAGAAAUUGCAAAGCUCUUUUUGAGCUCCGCUGAAGAAGGGCAGGCUAGAAAUAUAAGAAAUUCUUAAGAAUUAAAUCCAGGGAGAAGAGUGGCACACUUGUUAAUGCACAGGCAGCGGAGAAGAGAAAGACUGCCUCAUUUCCCAUACAACACAAUACCUCAUGUCCCCCUUUUGGGUCUUCCCCCUUCUUUAACUGACUGCGUUCCUAAAACUCUUUGUAUGCCCAUCAAUUCUUUAUUUAAAGGUCUGACCUAAGCAUAUUUACAUCUAAAUAUGCACCAAGAACUACUUUUGCCUUAUUUUGUGAGUUCCAACCGCUUUCAGCUGCGAUUUUGCGUUGCCCCUUUUCUGGCUCUUGUUUACUCAAAGUGCGCUUCAUUGGCCCAUAUAUUACAUGAAUAGGUUUGUGGCAUUCAUGUCUUGCAGGCUUCAGUGCCUUGAAUGUCUCCUUGUCCCUUUAUGUGACAGGAAAAACCAGGAUACUUUCUUGUGACAAACAUGUGGCAGAAUAAAUGAUAAAUCACGCAAAUCUGCUUCAAUUGCGUAUGUAACAAAGGGACAGAAAAUGGGCUUCUCUUGUCUAUAGAAUUUGGUUUGCCUUGACAGAGAACAUCAUCUAUUAUUAGCACAGAAUAUGGGCUCCUGGGAUGUAUCACUCAUUUCUCAACGCAGCUGAGAUCUUUCCUUCUCUCCCAACCUUUGACAGAUCGGCAUAGUGGUGCAAGUGCUGAGAUCCAGAAAGAGGAAGAAAAGAAGUUCAAAGAGGUCGGUGAAGCCUUCACCAUCCUCUCUGAUCCGAAGAAGAAGGCCCGCUACGACAGUGGGCAGGAUCUGGAGGAGGACGGCAUGAAUAUGGGAGGUGAGUGCUGAGCCCAGGAGUCCAUCCCCCUUGGCUUCUUUUUCCACAAGGGAAUCUCUGGGAUGGGACGGGACAAUAUUACCAAAACCUUUGCAAUAGUUGUAGUGUGUGUUUUUCCGAAAGCAUCAGUAAUUUUUGAGUCUGAGCAUAGGAUCUGUUGGUCCCUUCUGCCUAGCAGGUCUGGCUCAAAUGACACCUGGCAAUUUUUGUAAAAGGCUUGGACAAGAGAAAAAAUUCUCAAAAAACUGCCACGCAGAGGGAAGGGAACCACGCUAUGAACAUAUUUUUAUAGACUAGUUGUGCGCACGUAAGAUGCUCACCAGGAUCUUUUUCUCACCUGCUCUUACUUUUCUUUUCCUUUUUCCAUCUCCACCUUCCCUAAAUAGAUUUUGAUGCUAAUAAUAUCUUCAAGGCGUUCUUUGGAGGGCCAGGAGGCUUCAGUUUUGAAGGUAAGUGCCAUCAGUUAAACAGAGGGAGUCCUGAGUUUGUGCAGAGAGAGGCUGUAGGCUUCAACUCUGGCCCCGCCUCUUGAAUAUCUCCAGGUCCCUGGGAAUUUGAGAAAUCCAUUAAGUUCAUGUGGACUGGUUUAGGGCCAACUCUGUGGGUAACAGAAACGUAUUUCAAUUGUAUUCCUUAAACCACACAGUUCUCCCAAAUCAUGGGUGGAAUCAAGAUUUAGGCUCCCUUGUUUGUUUGUUUUAAAAAAUAUAUCACUUAAUAUUUCAGAAAUCUCCAAGCCCAAGGCGUGUGGCCUGGAGUUCAGCUGUGGCUCCUUCCCUUUCAUUCAGCCCAUCAUUUAUCUUGUUGCCUUAACCUUUUAAGCGCUCCUUAAAUGCUUGUGAAGCAUUUGUAGUAUUUGCUGGCACAAAGUUUAUGCGGUGAUUAGACUAUGUCUAUUGAGCAUUCAUUUUGAUUUGAGGUGUUUACGUGUCUUCCCAUUAAUCAUUAGGUCAUCCCCUGUUUCUCAGUGCAUUUCCCUUCACUUUUCAAACUGCAAAAAGUUGGGGCAAGGGGGAGAGUUAAGAGAGCACCAGAGUGCUUUAAUCCGCUUUAAAUGUGCAAACCUAAAGUCCCAGUACACACUUAAAUCCCCCCCUGCAAAGUACUGACUAUCUGUAUGAACCUAAGAGACUUUUUGUUUUGUCCGUAGACUGUGGUGCCCAUCCUUCUAAGCUCUUGAGUAUCCAGAGCUGUGCUGUCGCUCAGCUUCUUGUAGGGAGGGAGCAGGAUUGUGCCCCAGAGGGAUGCCAAUUCUAAAUCCGUGUCUCUGUGUCUUUUAGCUUCUGGACCAGGGAAUUUCUUUUUCCAGUUUGGCUAAGCUGCAGAAGAGUCCCAUCUCUACCGAGACACACCUACUUUGCCAGACCUGCUUCUUUUAACCUUGAGUUAUGUUCUCCCUUCAUCACAUCUCGACGUUUCUUAGGGCCGUGGCGUUUUCUCUGUUGGAGACCUCAGUUUUUUUGUGUGUGCUUUAGAGUGUUAACGAGAAAACCAGCGCUUGAAGAGAGAAGGGGGAGGGGCAGUGAAGGAAUAUACUUUUUUGUUGUUUGUUUUAUUGUUAACUUUAUUAAAAAAACGAGAGAGAGAGAAAUAAUAAUUAAAAAAAUGAUUCCUCCAUGAUAAGUAAUUUCAGACACCCAAAGCUGCUGGGAUUGAACUGGUGGAAUUCCUCACCUUCUGAGACAGGCCUGAGACUUUUCUUAAGGACAUAACAUGCCUUCAUAUUUAUGUAAGUAAGAAGAACCUAAUGAUGAGGGGUUUUCAUGCUUCGGUUCCAUCAUCCUGGCUGUAGCCACACCAGACCAUAUAAACAAAGGUAUUCACACACUUAAGGAACACAGGCAAAUAGGGAAGUUCAUGCCACUACUAUCAGUGAUAUUCAUCUUUGGAAUAGGGAGAUGCCCCUACCCUCACUUUUCAGCACCUGCUGUUAUACUUCCAAAGAGUCUUUAAUUUGGGGGGGAGGGGCGGGGAGCUUCUUUGUUUCCAAUUUCUUGAGGACUUCAAGGAAAUGGUAAGGGCUGAUUUCACACAUAGGUGUUUGUCGUUUGGUGACGACCCCCGUAGCGCAGCUGUAAACCUGACUCCAUUGAAAAGCGUAUGGUGAAUGCCAGGUGUCAUGAAAGAUCUCUGUAUGUGUGCAUGUGUGUGUGGUUUUGGAUCUGCAGUGGCCAUUUCGCACAUGCAAAUCAUCACACGAUGUCAAGGGUCACGGUUCAUACAUGCCACAUGCAAAUCCACCCUAAGCGUCAGAACCUGUUCCUUAACCAAUGUAUGGGAUCUUCAAAACCACAUUUCCCCCCCUCGGAAAUGAUUUUUCAGAAUUGACCGACAAUAUGUACAGCCUUGGAGAAGACAAAAAUCAGUAAGCAUUUUUGGGGUGUGGGGCUUUUGGGGUAAAGAGGACUGCGGAGUUUCUGCUGGGCAGCCCUUGUAGCAUGCUGUAAAGGUGCUUGUCGUCUCCAGGCACAAAUCUUUUGUGCCGAGAGCUGAGUUCAAAAUAUUCUGCAUACAUCUUUGUAUUCGUGGAACCUCAGAUUUUGCUCAGAGCUGAGCUGUGAACCUACCCGAUGGGCUGUUUCACAAGAUGAUAAUUUGCAGUUGAAAUAGUAACAAUCAGCCACCCUGGAAUUGUUGGCUGUCUUAAAAAAACAAAGGAAAAAAAACUGUUAUCCAUGUGGUAAUUACUGUGAAUUUUGGCCACACCAAGUAACUGUGUUCAUAAUACCUCGUUUGCAGCAGUUGGCUCAUUCCUUUUCUUCGCAGUGGCAAGCCAUCUUAAGUAGGUGUUUGUCCCUUCCCUGCCCUACUCCAACUUGUGACCCGUUUUCGAUCAGUGAUAUUUUAAUUUACUGGUCCAUCUUAAGAGGUGUCCUCAGGCCUUGCGAGUUGCCUGCUACUUUAGAAGCGGGUCACCUCCUGGCAGAUGAAGGCUUAACAGUAGGUUUUACUUUGAUCCCUGGUUCCCAACCCCAGCCUCCUACUGAAGUACUUGGGAGGAGAAUCUCUCUUGGCAGAGGUGCAGUUGAUAACAGGAAGCACAUAUUGCCAGCUAGGCUGAAGGGAGGAGACAGCAAGGAAGUCAGCACCAGAACUGGGGAGCGGGAUCUAGGUGUUUCGGGUUACAUGAGGAUCUUUUCGUGUUAACACAUGGUCUUGGGAACGCCGUCUCUCUGGUUUAGGCCUGCAUGAUGUAGUUUUCAUUGAUGGGCAUGUAUUUCAUUGGCAGAGUAUACACAUCCCGAAGUCGAAUCAAGUGGGUGUUUUGACUUGCGUAUACUUGGAAUGUUAAUCACAAAAAAAUAGGACAGUUGUGUUCAAAAAUUGGCAGGAAAGGAUACGAAGCCACAAAAUUGCUCUUCAUAAUUGUCUUACGCUGAAGCAAAUUAUACAAGCAGGGUGUUGACCCUUGGUAGCCUGAUGCUACUGGACACCUGGGAAAAGUAGGACUGAAGCAUCCUCUGAAGUAUUCCCCUCCCCACCUUAGAUUCUUGGCUGAUUGAGAUCCCUUUGCCUAGAGACAGACAAUGAGGCUUCCAGGGACGUUGAUAUUUUUUCAGUGAAUGGGCUGCCUAGCCAGCUGCAGAUGGACAUCUUCUUAAAGCUUUCCUGGGAAGUCACUUCCUUCAUGUCUCCAGGCAUUUUGAAUCCUUUUGCGAUCUAAAAGCUAACAAUAGGCAGAAGUUUCUGGGACCGGACUUUGAUUGUGAAGCUGGUGAGUGCCAAUUUCAAACCAACUACUGCAGGGUUUUUGUUUUUUUCUUUUGCCUUUUUAUCGUGUGUUUCUGACUACCUGAAGGUCUGCUUCCAUUCCACUAAGGAGGCCUCAUAGGUUUUUGAUUAUAUGUUAAAAGGAGCAAGCAGGAACUGUAGGAUCUGCUGCUGAAAAUCCUCCACACCUAACGUGGCAUUUUAAACUUAUGCAUCUCAUUCUUAAGUUUAUUUUUGAGUUUAUUCGCAUUGCAUUUAAGAGCUACCAGAAUGUUUUGUUGCUGAUGGCCCCCGUAGGCUCUGCCUCGCCAUCUUUAUCUGUGUGCGACCUGAAAGUAGAGCAAGCUGGUUUCAGGUGGGGAUUGCAUUCAGAACUGGCUCGGAGGCGGGCUUGAGCUUUUCUCCCUGCUGCGCUGGCUUUGUUUUGUAAUGUGCACUUAAGCCUCAGUGGGAAGCGAGGAAAAACCAGGGGACCUUUUCCAAGUAGAGAGACCUGGGGCAGCUUCCACCUUGCUUGUGAGCCACUGCGCUCAAGGGCGAAGUUUUCUAGGAAAGCUCGCCAUUUUGCCUCGACGUUUCUAAUUCUGUUUUCCCCCACCCCAAAAGACACACACACUUUUUAUUUCUGUGCACUGCCUUAUAUUUCCUUGCAUGCACUGCAUCCUUUUUGGAACUUCCGCCUGAGAAAAGGACAGGUAAAACCAGUGCUGAAGCCAUUUGGAGCUGAGGCCAUUUAGCUAGAAAUAUUCAACAUACUCUAUUUUGCCUCCGUGUGAGGAUCUAGCCUUCCCCUGUUAAAACGUUUGUUGCAUGAUCUCUUUUAGAGCGACACCCCACUUCCCCCUCUCUCCUGGGGAUGGCUUCACACUUGGAUUAAGUAACACACUGUCCCACUUGAACUCUUUCACCUUUCCAAAAUGAAGAUGAUUAGCGGAGAACAAAAACUGGUGACUGUUUUGUUAGGCAGGAUUCAUGUGUUUAUAUGCAGAAAAUUUCAAACCAGACUGAAGCAAAAACCGUAUGCAAUUGAUAUUAACUUUAUUAUAAACUGUAUAUGAUGUACAAAAUAAAAAAUAAAACAAUCCAGAUCUCACUGGUGACUUUUGCUUCCUUGAAUAGAUUGGACACUGCUGAGGUUUCGUGUGAAUGUGGUGGUAUGAAGCUGGAUUGAAUGAGUAGCAACCGUAGAGCCCAUCCCAAGAAAUCUUUGGUGCCCAAAUUUUAAGUUAUAUGGUGUGUAGCUCAUUUUCCCUUUGCUGGCACUGAGGGUGGGAGAGGACAAAAAAAUGAUUCUUCGGGAGAGGCCUUGACCUGGUCUUCAGGUCAUUUGCAGAAGGGGAGUAUAUACUCAGGUGCUUUGGGAAAGUUGGCAUACAAAAAAAAAUU